AUGACUAUUCUAUCGAAAUCUGAUGUGGCAUCUAGUGUCGUAUCAAUUGCUUCGCUUAUCACCAUAGCUAUAGCGAUUCGUAAUCAUGGACAGAAGCAAGCGAAUGCAGGAUUUCAAUUACAAUCGGAAUAUAUGACCAAGAAACAUGGAAAUCGUCAUCAAGUGGCUGUAAAUCGUGACUUUUAUCGUCAUUUUCUACGAUUAUUUCACGUGAUUGUUCCUGGUCCAUUUACAAUGGAAAUGGCAUUUGCUUGUCUUGUGGCUCUCAUGCUUGUCGCACGUACAUCCUUUGAUAUUGUCGUGUUACAGACAUCAACAGCCAUGGAACGAGCGAUUGUUUCUCGUUCUCAAGUCGAGUUUAUACGUCAUUUACGGCGUUUUAUUGCGAUUACUUUACCCAUGAGUUGUGUCAAUAGUUUAUUGAAAUACGGUCAAACCGAGCUCAGUCUUUGUUUUCGCACAAGAUUGACACGACAUUUAUAUCGACAAUACGUGAAAGGAUUUGUCUAUUAUAAAGUCUCAAACCUGGAUAAUCGGAUUGCAAAUGCUGACCAAUUACUGACUGUUGAUGUGGAGAAAUUUGCUAAUUCCGUGGCUGAUUUGUACUCAAAUAUGUCCAAACCUCUGUUGGAUAUUAUUCUAUAUGGUGCAAAACUUUCAUCAAAGAUUGGUCUAGAAGGCCCGGUCAUUAUGAUGAGCUAUUUGGUACUAUCUGGAACUUUUCUGACAUGGUUACGACAACCAACAAGUCGAUUUACGAUUGCAGAGCAACAAAUGGAAGGCACGUUUCGCUUUAUGAACUCGAGAUUAAUUACACACAGUGAAGAAAUUGCUUUCUAUAAUGGGAAUGUGCGUGAAAAACAUAUCUUGGAUCAGUCGUUUAAUCGACUUGUGGACCUGUUGCGCAAUUCACAACAGUUUCGAUUUUUGAUGAGUGUUGUUGACAAUAUGGUGGCCAAGUACUUGGCAACUGUCGUGGGGUAUGCGGUAUUGGCAAGACCGUAUUUAAACAUGUCGAAUAAACGGUUAGAGAACACGACGUAUGCAGACCGAAUGGAAGACUAUUUUCGAUCUGGAAAAAUGUUGUUGAAGAUGUCAGAGGCCAUGGGGCGUUUGGUGCUCUCGGGGCGUGAGCUGACACGCCUUGCAGGGUUUACUGCGCGUGUUACGGAAAUGCUUGACGUUUUGUCCGACUUGGACCAGGGAAAGUAUCAGCGCACGAUGCUCAAGGCUGAAGAUGACGAUCUUUUGGAAACAUCGAAGGCCGAGUCUACUUCUGCUGAAUCUCUGGGCCUGUAUCCUAAUAGUGGCGAAGUCCACUACUGUGAUCAUGUGAUUCAAUUUGAGGAAGUACCACUUGUGACGCCAAACGGUGACGUGUUGGUGCGGUCACUCAGCAUCAAGGUGAAGUCUGGCAUGAAUGUUGUUGUCGCAGGACCAAAUGGAUGUGGCAAGAGUUCGCUCUUUCGAAUUUUAGGUGAGUUGUGGCCGAUGUUUGGCGGCAAACUGACAAAACCGGAGCGCAACGGAUUGUUCUACAUCCCUCAGCGCCCAUACUUGACGUUGGGCACGCUCCGCGACCAGAUUAUCUACCCUCAUUCACUGAAGGAUAUGAAGACAUGUGAGAAGACGGAUGAAGACUUGAUGCAUUACCUGGAAAUGGUUCAGUUAGGCCACUUAGUCGAUCGUGAAGGUGGUUGGGAUGUUGUCCAUGAUUGGGCGGACGUGCUAUCGGGUGGCGAGAAACAGCGUGUGGCCAUGGCACGCUUGUUCUACCACAAACCUCAAUUUGCUAUCCUGGACGAGUGUACAUCUGCUGUCAGCGUCGAUGUUGAAGGCGCAAUGUACAGCUUCUGCCGUGCGCAAAACAUCACGCUUUUUACUGUGUCGCACCGCAAGUCGCUUUGGGCGUACCACGAAUAUGUGCUUCGGUUCGACGGCCGUGGGCACUACGAAUUCAAGAAAAUAGACGAGGCUGAUGAGGCGUUUGGCUCUUAA